AUGCAAUCCGUAUCUUCAUCCGGAAUACAAUCAGACCUGACGGCCACCACGAUAGCCACCACGGGUGCCUCUACAUCUUCCCUAUUUCCCUCCUCGAGGAUCACAAAGCGCAAGCUUCAGGAUGCGCUAGACGCCCUGGACGACGCAACUUCACCGAGUGAUUCUGGCGUUCGUCGCCGCGGGGAGGGUGAUGGCCGCCCCAGCCCUUCAAACGGGCAAACACCUCAAUUUACUCUUCACUGGCGAAAUACGGCAUUCACGUGGGACGAAAACCUGGGAACAAGCAGUAAGCCUCGUGUCGUCUGCUACAUAACAUUGGCACCUGUUAAGUCAUGUGUCCACUUGUUCACUUAUGUGCAGAGAACCCCGGUCAUCUGCACUGUCUCGAUUAUUCCGCAACCGCAGCUUAAAACGCCAAUCCCUAUCCCAGUCUCAAUCACCGGCAUCCCAGCCACGACGGAUGGGACGCCAGGCCGACCUUCCAUCAGCCAUCCUUUCGCGCUAGCACCCAACACCAAUCUCGCCAAUAAAUUAACCAUUCCCAUAUAUCGACCUGCAUCUGUUUCGGAUUUUCUGGAGCGGUUGUCAACAUUCAAGCUUUCAACGUAUCGCGACAAGCCCGCGGCUAUUGAUGCCGUAGCCGCAGCCCGUUGUGGCUGGCGGAACGAGGGUGGCAAAGACAGGUUGACAUGCAAUGUAUGUGGAGCGGCUUGGAUCGUGGGAAACGCAACCGGUAUGACGCGUGAAGCAGCGAGGCAUGUUACAUCGCUGGUUCAAAAUCACAAGAACUCGUGCCCUUGGCGCCUUCGUCAAUGUGAUCCCUCCAUUUAUCGUCUACCCCUAAAGGGGUCAUCCGCACUUAUCCGGGACAUUGGAAAGAGGGCAACAUCUUUACCAUAUGCAAUUGAGCGUGUCUCUAUCAAGCAUCCUCUGAGUGAUUCUGAGCUGGAGGUGCUUUCUGCUGAGAUGGCUCGUAUAGAGGUGUCGCAUGACGAUACCGCUCCUUUUGACUCCGCCACUCAGAUCACACCCAGUCACUACACUGGAUCCGACCUAUCACAAAAUGCCAUCAUACUUGCCUUGUUUGGAUGGGAACAGCAUUCACCUGCUACAAAACAAACAUCCUUCUCGUCACUGGAUUUGGUUAGAAACCGAUCUUCCUCACGCCUUGGUCAUGCUCGAUCUACAUCUGGCAACGGUUCGGGACGAAGCACGCCCAUUCCACAAGGCAGUACAACACUGGAGCGUAAAUCGAGUGGUUCGGUUCGGAACGUUGCUUUUGCUGAUAGCCCUCAGCGCCGUUUAGGCAAGGGAAGGGAAUAUGAGCCGGCUCCACUCUCUGCGAUUGAAUCAACGUCAGGAGACGACGAAAGUGUUACUAUCAGUCACGAAGCCGAGCCGAUUCACUCGCCGGUUCGAACUUCUACAUCAAGGCGAGAAGGCUCCGGCGGCAGUGGUGACGGACAAGGCAAGGAUGAUAUGAUCCAGUGUGUGCUCUGUCAAAGGCGUAUCGGAUUGUGGGCGUUCAUUUCACCAGCUACUUCCGUUCAGCCAAUUUCGGAACCUGCGGUCAGCGAGUCUACAACAUCAACGCCAAUGCGAGUACCUUCCUCUCCCUCUCCUCGAUUCCUCGACGUCCUUCGCGAGCAUCGUGCAUUUUGCCCAUACGUCAUACGUACUUCACCAUUGACCAUCCCGAAUGACGAGGCACCAUCCGCAGAAGUCGAGGGCUGGAAGAUGAUUGUAGGGAUCAUCUCCAGAAGCAAGAGACGGGAAAGCAUUGGAGAGACAUCAACCACAAAUCCAUUCAGGGAAUCCACCCCUGGACAGAAUGGCGUUGAAAGCGCAGUCAGUCGAGUAAAACGAUCUCCAGGCGGAAGUCGUGAUCUACUGCGUUAUGUCAAGGGACUGCUCGCAUAA